CUUGGUUGCGCUCGAACCGCUUCCUACCCGACCAAUUCGAUUCCACUACUGUCAUCUACCCUUCUCUCCUAUCCCGCUUCCUACGGCACGCGGCUCCGCAUACUCGGAAAGCAAACACACGACCAAUCACACUAGGCAACACCGGCUCAUAGCUUGGUUGCAAUCAGCCUCGAAGUAAACAGAAUCCGCAUCCCGGUUUUACCCGAAUACCUGCGCUUUGGAGCCGACUCAACGCCGAAGCCCGCGAGGGAUACUUGUCGAAGUCUAGGUCAUGCCCAGCUGGCUCGGCGACAAGGGAAUUCCGUAGAUGAGGCGUCACCCAUUAUUCUCCCUCUCGUACACAAGUUUUUGAAACAUUAAAAAGCCGGCUACAGCUCGAUUAGCAAAAAGUCGCAAACUUGGACUUGCUAGUGAGCAUCGACUGAGGAUCAGGUCAUAUCACGAUGUCUGCGUCACCACCACAGAAGCGGCGCUUUUUGCCAGAACCUGUCGAGACGACAGUAAAAUCAUCUAGGAGAUUUGCGCCGGAUCCAAUGGAAAUAGCAUCAGAGUCAAAUGACAACCCCCCAGACAAGGAAGAAAUGCCAACCAAGAGCACGCGAAAAUUUGCGCCGGAGCCGGUGGAGACUACAACAAAAAGCUCCCGAAAAUUUGCGCCUGACCCUGUGGAGACCACGACCAAGAGCUCCCGAAAAUUCGCACCAGAACCUGUGGAAACGACCCAAAGAUCGAGCCGCAAGUUCAAUGUUGAACCCGUUGAGACGACUAAGAGCACGCGACGGUUCGCGCCGGAACCUGUUGAGACGACCGUCACAAGCAGCCGAGACAAGCCUAGCAGACGGUUCGCCCCACAGCCAAUUAGCACCACCACGAGAAGUAACCGGAAAGGAAGUGCGGAUACAGAUGGUGGCGCUGCCAAGACCCGCGCGGACUCGUCUGGCUCCCAGGAAUCUCCGCAAAUCGACGACGCUACCCCGCGUCCUCGUCGGAAGUUCGCUCCUCAGCUUAUCGAAAUAGCGGCUCGUUCAAGAAAAUCAGGCGAUGACGGUCCCUGCAUCCGUGAGGGAGACAGGACCGAGACAACGCCUGAGAGUGUGCGAAGCCCUGUCAGGCGGGGACGGCUUCCGCCGCCGGUGCCAUUCAAUACACCCGCUGUCUCGUUGGAACGAGUCCCUCAGUUGCUCGAGGCGCGUCGGCUUGGUAUCCCCCUCAAUCUGAAGCGUAGCGAGUCGGUCGGUAGCAACCGAUCGCAUUCCUUUAGAGUACCAGAACUGGACACCAUAGAGUCAUCAGAAUCGGAAGAGGAAGGGCCACCAUCGCUCUCAACAUCUCCUUCGAUUACUUCUGAUUUGUCUGUCUCGUACAAGCAUGCCACUCGCAGGAGGGAAAGUGUAGACGAGCGCUUUGCUGGCUUCAUGUUGCAGAUUGCAGCAGAGGCUGCUGAAAAGCAGAUGAGGGAACAAGCCAUGGCUGCCUUCCCUAACGAUGAUCACCAUGAGCCGGUGUCCCAUUUCAUCGAUGAUGAUGGGGAGGCCAUUAGCGAUGGGUCUGGCGAAAUGAAUCAGGAGCGGCGGGAAUCCUUCACCAAGGUCAACUGGGAAUUGUUGGCAAUGCAGAAGCACCAAGAAGAAAAGAAACAACAAGAAAAGGAGCUGAAAUCGCCUAUUGCGGAACCUAACAAGAGCGCCUGGGGUGAUCCGUGGGGCCUUUCUUCACCCAAGAGUCCGUGGGAGUCGGAGAAGAACCCACCCGAUCCUUGGGGCGAUCCGACAGCCACGCUGUUUGGCAACCAGAGAGGACGACCCGAGGAUAGGGAGCUGACCCAGAUGCAUCGCGGUGCGAGACCUCCCAUGCUUGGAGGUGAUAUCCAUUUUCCUCGCUGCCGCUCACCGGAACCGGCUCGUUUUGAUGUUACACAGGGUUCCGAGGCAAUUCGGAACUCUAUGUGCUACCUGACGCAGCAAAGCCAGAGCAACGAGCAGGAAGGUGGUCUCUGGAAGGGUUGCAACAUAUCUCGCAAGACUUCGCACACAAAAGAGCAAAGCAAAAAGCGUAGCAGAGAGCCAGAGCUAAAGCUCACCAAGGCACCAUCUCUCUGGUCAAACCCGGGCAGCAGCCCACCUUCGAACGGUGGAUUGUGGAGAGGCAGCUGCAAGGACACCGGUCUAAAGGCACCAAAUCAACAAACCGGAAUGCUCACGCCUCAGAUCGAGAUUGGUAAUCCAUUCGACAGUCCACCGCCAACACCAGCAUACGCGCCUCCUUCACCUCCGCCUAGCAACCCCGACAUAUCUACUGUGCACGAAAAACUCACCGCACGGCAGGCCUUGGAGGAAGAAUUUUCCGACGGCUUUGUCUCUCAGGUGUUCAACUACCUGUCGUUGGGCUACCCUUCGCUAGCACACAAGUACGAUGAAGAGCUCAGCAAGAUCAGCCGCAUUCCUGUUUCAGAACUGAGGCAGGAUGAUGAGCUCGCGAAACCCAAAGGCUACGUCAGACUGGGUAGCGACAGAAACAUUGAUGUCAACGAGGAUACAAGCGCACGCUGGCGGGCGCUCCGAGUCUACAUCUUUGAGUGGGCCAAACAACAACCGAACAUGGUGCCAGCAGACUUUGCUCUUGGUGGUUUCGGUGUUGCGGCCAGGAGGGGAAGUUGGGCCUGGUAAGAACACUGCAAUCUGGUUCACUCGAGCACAUGGUUUUGAUGUUUGGCCAAUGUUUUAAGAUGGGGAACCAAUUUGAGCACUUGAUUUAAUUGCUUUUUGAUUUUCUUUCGUUGACUGGAAGCAUAGCGAGUUUGGACACUCCUUACUAUUGCAUUGGUUCGGCGUUGUUAUUUCUUCAUUUUUACCCGUUUCUGCUUGCGCUGGGAAAAGUAAGCGUGGCGUCGGGUUUUCUUAUUUCAGACAAUGUGGCAGAGAAAGAGAGAGAUGGAUGUAGACAUAGGGAAAGAGUGUUGAUAGGUAGAAAGGGGAUGUUUGUCUAUCCAUGCGAGAUGUUCGAUUGUUCUCAACGACAGG